AUGGCUCUCGUGGAUAUUCCAGUUGGGGAUGUCCCCUUCUCGAAUAUUAGAAAUGUUCCCCAGUCAAUCCAGGAUACCCCCGACUUGAAGGGCGCGACUACCGUGACAGUGGACAGCGAGGUUAACACCUCACCGGAAGAAAAGAACUCCACGUUCCAGUUAGAGGAGCACCCAGUUGAUGAAGUUAGACCCAUCAAGGUGGGUAUUAUUGGAGCAGGCCUGGCAGGGAUUACAGCAGGAGUGAUGUUACCAGCGAAACUGCCUGGACUUGAUCUGCAAAUUUUUGAUAAAAAUGCCGAUGUGGGCGGAACAUGGUUUGAGAAUACAUACCCUGGUGUUCGUUGUGACAUUCCUGCACAUGUCUACCAGUCCAACAUCUCGCCGAAUACCCAAUGGACGGAAGAGUUUGCCCAGGGAAAGGAAAUUAGAGACUACUGGCAGGGAGUUGCACGCAAGCACAAUGUCUACCAAUAUCUUCGCGCAGGGCGGAAAGUACAAAAGGCUGAAUGGAACCCCGAGAAAGGGAAGUGGAAAGUUACCGUUGAGCACGUCGAUGGGUCGAACAAGGUCUAUGAAGAAGAAUUGGACGUCGUGAUCAACGCCAUUGGCCAUUUCAAUGCCUGGAAACUACCCGACUACGAGGGAAUCAACAACUACAAAGGGGGGCUAUUCCACUCUUCCAACUGGGAUCCCAAUGUCGACCUGAAAGGAAAGCGAGUGGCUCUCAUCGGCAACGGCGCUUCUGGCUUGCAGGUUCUCCCAUCAAUCCAGCCGCUCGCUAGUCAUGUCGACCAUUACGCCCGGAACCCAACCUGGAUCGCGGAUUCAUUCAGCAGCGGAAACGUCGGAGUCCGCCGGCUGGAGCCAAAUCUAUUCUCCGAGUCCCAACUGGAGACAUUCAAAGACCCCAAAGCAUACCUUGAGUACCGACGCGACGUCGAAAAAGGCUACUUCCAACGCUUCGGGGCAAUCUUUAAAGACACACCGGAGAACCACGCUCUAAAAGAGAAAUGGACCAACUUAAUGCUUCAACGCAUCAAAGACAAACCCGAACUAGGAGAAAAGAUCGUCCCAGACUUCCCACCCAACUGCCGCCGCCCAACGCCAGGACCAGGCUACCUCGAAGCCCUAUCCCAACCCAACGUCAGCUACAUCCAAACCAAAAUCAAGUACUUCACUCCAACAGGCAUCGUCACAGAAGACGGCACAGAACGACAAGUAGACAUAACAAUCUGCGCAACAGGAGCAAACAUAGACCACGCACCCCCAUUUUCAAUAAUCGCCAACGGAAUCGACCUAAAAUCUGCCUGGAAGCGCAACGGCCACUUCGGCUUCCCAUACUCCUACCUCGGCUUCGCAACACCAGGCUUCCCAAACCUCCUCUGGCUCGGCGGACCCUACUCCUCAGGCCACAGCGGCACAGUACCCAACAGCAUCGAAAAUCAAGUAACAUACAUCGCGAAAGUACUCCGCAAACUCCGCAGCCAGGGCAUCAAAUCAAUGGCCCCAUCCAAGGCAGCAGCGGAUGACUUCGUCGAAUACUGCGACAAUUUCUACCCGCGGACUGUCUGGUCGGCGAAUUGUAGCUCGUGGUAUAAUGGUGGCAAACCAGGGUCCAGGAUUCAUGGGUUAUUCCCUGGCAGUGCAUCGCAUGCGAAUUAUAUUCGGAGAGAUCCGCGCUGGGAGGAUUGGGAGUAUUCUUAUAUUAAUGCUAGUGGGAAUCGGUUUGCUUGGUUUGGGAAUGGGUGGACUACUAAGGAGAUUACGCCUGGUGCGGAGUUGACGCCGCAUUUGAGGUUACCGGAGGAGCUGGAUUUGAGGUCUUAUAUGGAGGGUUGGUGGGAUGUGUAA